CAUUCUAUUCUUGUGACUUGUUUUCAUAAUACUAUCCCCAAUACUACCAGCACAUUCUUUCUUCUACUACGACUAUUCAUUUGUCCGUUGGUUCUAUUUCGUACUCUACCCCGAACCCCAGAGCUCCAUCCGUCCUAUCUGGUCUAGGGAGACUCUGUCGGCUUCAAUCCAUCUAUUGGCCAUAUUGGGCAACAGAUUCUCCCGUGCAUUCCCUACGCCGCAUUCCUCAUCUUCUGUCUUUCCUCAUCCCUCGAAUUGUCUUUUGACGUCACUGUCUGAGAUCGUUCUAUAAAACGUCUUCAACUGAAUACCAAACACACAAUUGACACAAUUCAACCUGAAUGUUCAUGAUGUCCAACGACCGCGCAACUUCUCCCAUCUCCGUCCCCUCCUCCCACCAACGCCGGGCAUCUCUCGCCUCCUUCUCAUUUGGUAGUCCUCCAGCUUCCAACGCUGCCAACACCUCUACCGCUCCUCAGCAGCGGAGACUCUCCAUCACCACCCUUGGUCUAGCGGGCUCUCCCACUCAGACCUCUCCUUUCAACGGCAGACACUUCAGAGGCGGUAGUGUCUCGAGCUCGGUGGGAUCCAACCCCACCUCCUCUGAGGACUCGAUCAAUGAAGAAAGUGAACUGGCUGGCGCCACUCCUACCUCUCCUUUCGCCCGGCGGGUCUCUUAUGGUGCGCAGGCGCUGCGUGAUUUUCGGAGGGGAAGCGUCAACAAUGACGAACGCUUCAACUGGUCUGAAGCUCUACGCACCCGGGCCGAGCGUGCUCCAUCCCUGAGCGCUAUUCAACAGAACCAGAAUGCAGCCAACAUGAACCGUCAACGGGAACAGGAACGUGCGGUUCAGAUCGCCACGAUGGAGCAACCCGUCCGAGAGAUCCCACGGCAGCCCAAGCACAAAAAGCCGGACUUCUUCCAGGAGAAGAUCCUACGAGGGGACUUCAUGGACUGAUGUAUAAUUAUCUACGUCCUCUAUUUCGUUCUCAUUUCUAUCUGAUUCACGCUGGGAUAAGGAAAAGCGUCGGGAAAAGUGCUUUUCUCCUUUCUUUCCCCUUCUAACAGACACGGUCGGCUCAAGCAGCUCUGCACCGAUGUCGAUUUUGGCGAACACGGUACAUGUGGUUUACAGCGAGGUUCUGGGAUUAGCGGAGUUAUCUGGCAACUCGAUACGAUUUACGGGCAUCUUCUGAUUUGUAUGGGUACACUGAUGAUGCGUUUGGUUUCUUCUUUCGCUUGCGGCUCUAUUUCCACAUAUUUCUUUCUACUUCUUAUGUCAGCCCUGCUGGUCAGACUGUCUUUUCAUGUUUUAUAUUUUACCAGACGGCCAAUAAGCAGAAUGUAUAUGAACAUUGAUUUCAGAAUGAGAAACAGCAAAUACCUUGACUUGUCAUUGGUAUCUGAAUUCAUUCCAACUCCGAAAUCCAAGAGUAGCUUGUGGUGGU